CAUUUCUCUCUUCUGCUGUCAAUAAUGGCGUCUGCUGAUCUGAAACAGGAGUUGGACUGUUCCAUCUGUCUGAGCACUUAUACAGAUCCUGUAAUGCUGAGAUGUGGACACAACUUCUGCCGGGUCUGUAUUGAUAAUGUGUUGGAUACACAGGACAGGUCUGGAGGUUAUUUCUGUCCUGAGUGCAGAGCAGAGUUUCAGGAUCGGCCUGUACUGCACAGGAACAUAACACUGCGCAACAUAGCGGAGACUUUCCGGUCUAUUGAGCCAGAUCAGGAGAAGAAGACAACUGGGAUCUUCUGUACUUACUGUAUUCACUCUCCUGUACCUGCUGUUAAGUCCUGUCUGCAUUGUGAAGCUUCUCUGUGUGAUGAUCACCUGAGAGUCCACAGCAAGUCACCAGUACACGUCUUAACUGAACCCACCACUUCCAUGGAGAAGAGAAAAUGCUCCGUCCAUAGGAAGAUUCUGGAAUAUUUCUGUCUUGUGGAUGCCACUUGUAUCUGUGUGUCCUGCAGGCUUGAUGGAAAACACCGAGGACACAAGGUGGAGACUCUGGAUGUGGCCUCUGAGAAGAAGAAACAGAAACUGAGAACUGGUCUUCAGAAACUGAUCACGGAGAGAGAGGAGACUGAGAAAAGAGUCCGGAGUCUGCAGGAACGCAGGAGAAAAGUACAAGAAAAAUCAGCCGGUGUAACAGAGAGAGUCACUGCCCUGUUCAGAGACCUCAGGAGACAUCUGGAAGACCUGGAGAAGAGAGUCCUGAGGGAGAUCUCCAGGCAGGAAGAGCGGCUCUCACAUCAAUUGUCUGACCUGAUCCAGGGGCUGGAAAUAAAGGACCAGCUGUCCAGGAAGAUGGAUCACAUUGAGGAGAUGUGUAACAUGACUGACCCACUGACUGUCUUACAGGAAUCAGACACAGGGGACUUGUGUGAUACUGAGGAGGGAGAUGAUGAGGACAGAGAGAGACGUGAUACUGAGGAGGGAGAUGAUGAGGACAGAGAGAGACAUGAUGAACUCCUCCAUGAUGGAGGGGAUCUGGAUGUGGCUGGACUCUCACACACAUUACACUCGGGGUUAUCUGAUAUGAUGAAAGGGGUAAAUGUCUGCUUCAAUAUACAGGAAGCGUCAGAUAUAGUACUGGAUGUAAACACAGCUCAUAAUAUUCUACAGAUAUCAGAGGACAUGAAAACUGUAUCCAUGUCAGAUAUAAAGCAGAAUCGUCCAGAAACACCAGAGAGAUUUCAGACAUACAAUCAAGUAUUCAGCAGCAGAAAAUUUUCCUCAGGGCGACAUUACUGGGAAGUGGAUGUCAGUGGAUCAGAUUGGUGGGUGAUCGGGAUGUGUUAUCCCAGUAUAGAGAGGAGAGGAGUCCAGUCAGUGAUUGCAUAUAAUAACAAGUCCUGGGGCUUAUAUAGUGAUACAAAUCAAUGCUUAGUGUUGCAUAACAGCACAAUGAUUCAGUUACCUGACAAUAUCUCCAGUAACAGAGUCAGGAUCUAUCUGGAUUAUGAGGCCGGACAGCUGUCCUUUUAUGAUCUGUGUGACCCGAUCCGACACUUACACACCUUCACCACCACCUUCACUGAGCCCCUUCAUCCUGCAUUAAGGGUGGUGAAAGGUCAUAUAAAGAUAUCUGGGGGGUCAGGAUGGGAAAAGUGAUCAUAUCUCAUAGAAUCAGCCCAGAGACCGGGAACACUACGGGUAGAAGAAUA